AUGGAUUCCCGUAAGAGCCUCGAUCCUAAUGUAGCGGGCACAGGGUCUACAGGCAAUGAUAUUCCUCUUCCGGAAGAUACAGCAAAUCCUACAUUAUCUAAACCGAUUCCAAAGAUGCAGCCAUCUACUAAGGGUGUCGAAAAUGCAAAGAAGAGGCUGAGGGCAUUCUCAAUACAGAAGAAAACUCCAAUCACUCCUCUUUUGGUCCCUAAAGCUACUGGAAGUGGUAAUACAACGGUAUUAAUCGGGAAAUUAAGUGGUGUCAAAGCUAUACCGAAACCUGAACCGGACCCAGAACAAAAGAAAUUACCAAAACCUCCUAAACCUGGAACAACUAGAAAAUCAUUUCAAGAUUCAUACACUGAUUUACAAAAGAGAACAUUAGCUGAAAUAGAAGACAUGAAACGUAAAAUGGAAUUAGUUGAUCUGGGAAUCCCUCUUGGUUUGAUCUGUCCUUCGUCAACCAGUGAAAAGGCUAUGCCGACUAAAGCUAUGCCACCAAUAAAAUCAUUUUUAGACCCAUCCAAAGUCGACGAAUUAAUCCGCGAAGCAAAAAAAGCUAGGCAAGAAGGCAAGGAAUUUAAAUUUGAUUAUCAAAAACUAUUGCCUGAUUAUGACAAUCCGUUCCAAAGGAAAAAAGACGAAUCUUCUCACGAUAAGGAUAGAAAGUCUGACAGACGUAAGAGUGAUAAUGACAAAGACAGACGAAAAAGUGAUAAAUAUGAAUCUAGAAGGAGCGAGUAUAGGAAAGAUGAUAAAUAUAGGGAGAGAAGUGAAAAGUCCCGCGAUAAAACAAGAAAAGUAGAAGAAAAGUUACAACUAAGCAAAACAGACAAAGGGAAAGAAACUGAUGUAAAUCUUAAUGAUUAUUUAGUAUGCGACAGUUGGUCCAUAGAUAAUGAAGAUAAAAAUAAUUCGUCAAGCCCCAAAACCCACGAGAAAACAGUAGUAGCAAAAGUUACUGAACCAACCGAACAAUUAAAAGCCAGUGUUGCUAAACAGAAGGACAUACUUAAGUCCAUUUCUCUAGAGAGUCCAAGACCGACGAAAAUUGAAAAACUGCAACCCGUGAUGGACACUUUUAAAUAUGAAAUAGAUCCAACCGAUGACGAUAUUAUAGAUAUAUUUGACAAAGAUUCCGGUAUAGAAAAAUACGCGCAACAGACUAAAGUGAAGAAACUAACGUUAUACGACUCACCAGACAAGUUUGAUGAAAAUCUAUCUAAAGAUGCUGAUGAAAAUAUUGAUGACACCUUCUUGGAGUCAGUUUUGAACGAACUUAAACAGGAAGGUUUGAACGAAGAUGAGAGUCAGGACAAGGGUUUGGUGGAGUAUGAAAUGUCACCGAAAGAUAAUUCUAAGAAGAAACAAGAAGGGUCAGUGACCCCAGAAUUAAUUGAGAAACGGGAUGCAAGUCAAACGAGCGAUUAUUCUGAUGAUUUCAGAUCGGAGUGCUUCAAAACUCCUGACACAAGUGAAAGUGGAUAUAAAUCUGAUGGUUUUAGAUUGUCCAUAGAGAAAGAAUUGGAUGAUGCUUUGGAAGCUAAAAUGUCGCGAUCUACCGUAGACUCCCUUGAAACUUGGAACUUCGUACUACGAAUAUGUCAGCCGCUCCUAUUUCGCCAUGACAAAAAUAAAUGCUACAAGGAAACUAGAGCCGCCCCCAAAAUUUGGUACACAGUAAAUCCCCGUUCCUGCGCUUGUGUUAAAGACAGGAAAAUAGUUUACGAAGAACUCGAGAGAUGUAAAACGAAACUCGUCGACAGAGUGUAUGGAUGUGACCAGAUUCCAGAGUCCCGUUUCCCUCAAGCCCGUACUUGGUACCCGUCCCAGGGUUUGAUCCCUGAAGCCAGUCCUCUCCCUCUGUCCAACGAGUGGGAGGCUGAAGACAGUCAGCCACGGACUGAGAGAGACCUCACACCAGAGAGAGAAGACCUCAGUCUGGAUAGAGAAUAUCAGAGAUUUAUGAAGGCAGUGUGGCCGGAUGUAGUAGAUAAAGUGGAUACUUCUAGAAGUACGACUCCGGUUCAACAAGAAGCUAGGAAGAAGAAAGUUGAUAAAGAAGCAGAAGACAAAAAGGUCAAGAAGAUUAAAUUGAGCAGUGAGGGAUGGAGCCAAGAAUCUGAUAUAGAAGAAGAAGAUAAGAGGAAACAAGCGAAAGAAAAAACUAAGAUCCGCAAAAGAAAACACUCUACGUCUUCAUCAUCUAGUUCGUCCAAAGAUGAUGAUGAUCUGAGGAAAGAAAGAAAAAUACUUAAGAAGAAGGCAUUGAAGAAAACUAAGUCAAAAUCAGCCAAACGCAGACGCAUUGGUAGAAAAAUGCUGAAAAAAUUGAAAGAUAAGCAGAAAAAAAAGCGUAGACUUAGUUCAGACGGCGACAGCGAUUCUAAUAGAAAUAAGAGACUGAAAAAGAAGAAAAUGGAAAAAAAGAAGCUAAAAGCUCAGAAGAAGAAGAAGAAAGUUGAAUCGAGCAGUUCCAGCUCAUCAUCUGACAGCAGCAGUGACUCAUCGGAAAGUUACAGAAGAACUAAGAAGAAAAACAAACAGAGCGCCAAGAAGAAGAAUAGUAAACGACAAAGAAAACAAUCUUCAUCAGAUUCAAGCCAAAGCGAGAUUUUCGAUGUCAACAUAUUGAAUAAUAUUAAAACGGAAAGAUUAACAGACGAUGAAAAAGGAAAGAAAUUAUUGGAGUUCUCACCGAGGAGACAGAAACCGAGAGAGAUAAUAAAUGUUAAGGAACUACAGAACGACUUCGUUGAAAAGGUCCAUAUAAAACAAGAAAAGGUGGAAAAGGCCAAGCAAAGUCAGGGGGAAAGUGAUGAUAAGGAAAAAGAUGUGGCUGAGGUUAAAGAUGAUGAAAAUGUAGUUCAAUCGCCCGUCACUGUUGAACAAAAUGUUGAACAAAACUCACAGGAAUCUGGCUCCGUGAGUAGUGUUAAGGAUGCACCGAUCUAUGAAAAAGAUGAGAGCCAUCUCCGUCCCUCCUCACAGAACUCGAACUACAGCUUCAACGACGUCAUCGCGAGCCAAAAUACACUCUAUGCUAAGGGAAUAGAGACGGUUACUGCGUGUGAGGGGAACGUAGAUAACUAUGACGGAACCAACUAUGAAAUGUAUGAACAGAUGGCCAUGCAGUACCAGAACGAUGUGGCGAGUCAGGAAGCCAGUCCUCAAGUUGAAUGUUCCCAACGUAUAGAGACGGUAGUUCGAGCUCGGUGCGGGGAGAUUAAAUGUGACUGGAGACCGCCCGCGUGUCCUCCGCAACGAUGGACCGACAGACCGUCACGAUGGGGUUUGAAGCCGGGUGAAGUGAACAUAGUACUGACAGGUGGCACCACUGAGCCACCAACACAACCUGAGCCCGUGUAUCAUAUACAGAGUUUAGCCAACAGGACCGACAAUACUGGUUACGAUGAAGCCUACAUGGAUAUGUACGGCGCUGCAGAUAGAUUGCAAUAUGGAGAUUGCUUCGCCACGGAAAAUAACACGAACACUAAAAGCGCUAACAUACCGAUAGUGACUAACACGGAAAUAAAAACAACUUCAUCAUUAGACGCACGGAUAGAUAAGGCUUUGAGGGAAACAGUUCUAGGUGAGGUUGCAAAAGAAUUGGAAGCGGAUACAGAGAAAGAAGCGCCUGAAAAGGGAAUAUUGAUGACCGCCAUUCCCGAAUCUCGGGGCAAUAAACGUGUUCGUUUCGCUGAUGGAUAUACGCCGGGCCAGGACUCGGACGUAGAGGAUCCGCCCGUUAAAAAGAAGAAGCGUCGUCGUACCGGCUGUCCGUGGCCGUGCCCCGCCUCUCACCCCGACCACGUGUCUUUGUGGGACGCGCUGCCGCCCCCUCCCCCGCCGCCCGGCUCGCCGCCCCCUCCCCCGCGACACACACCCUCCCUACAGCUGCUGAGGACGACCCGACAACCCUUACUGUUACCACCGGUGCCGUCACCACUCGUUAAAUAUGAUCCUUCUGUUCCUCUGCCCGGGUUCAUGCCUCCCGAACCUCCCCCGGGACUUAUUACUUUACAAUAG